UACUCCAAGCACGUGCCCCGUGUUUGAUAUCGCUUGCUUUGUCGCGUUCAAUUGUUGCCUUGGCCGUGUAGAAACACUUGCAGCGCCGAGAAAAAGCAAAGACCACAAUUUACAAACAAAAACAUAGAUUAUUGAGUCAUAGCGCCGUUCUGUCCAUCCACCCAUCGGUCGGUCCUCCGUCCUAGUAGUGGUUCCAUUCCCUUACGAUGGUCUGGCUAGCAGGAAUCCGUUAAAGUGUAUCCGCCAGAUGGGAAGUAGUACGAGCAGUACGGGCGUGUAGUUCUAGCGCUAGGUAGUAGCUGUUCCCGGUCCCGUAAGUACAGCAGAAUGCAAAGUACGGUGCAAAACUUUCGCGAAGGCCUCUGGAAUCUACCGAGGACCACCGUCAACAGCUUACUGCUGGCCGGAGCAGCAGCACUUGCCGACCCUAGCGGAGCGGCCCCCGGACCCCCGGCCGACGAGCAAACCCGGGAACAAAAAACCUGUCCCACCGAACAGCGGCGAGAUGAUAACAAUAACGAUGGCCAGCAAAUGCCAGACCCAGCGGACAGCGAGCAGGACGAGGAUGUACCUGUGGAAGUGGUGGGUGGUGCCCACCGGAGAGAUCGACCGGUGGAACCAAUGAACAGUUCGGUCAGCUCCUUACGCGAUGAACCGAACGGUAGUGAGCCGGAACCGGAAGGCACAACGCCACCCACCGCAGAUCCUGCCAUGCUGCGAGUUAAAUGGCAACUGGUUCCGCUGGAUCAGACUGCAUCGCUGGAAGAAUUGUCACGGGCGAUUACCGUCUGCCGGUCGCUGGUACAGUCGAACGCGUACGAACCGGACACGGAUCAAAGCAAAUGGCUGGUAAGACAUCUCGUUGAACUGCGGUACCGAUACCGGGAGCUGGUUGAUUACUCACGCGAUCCGGAAGCGAUACUGGAGGAGACGGAAGUGAUGCUCGGCCAUCAUUUCGUACGCCGGAAGCAGUUCCCCUUUCAGCAGCUGCAGCACAAACGGAACCUGUACUGUGAUCACUGUUCCGGUGUCAUCUGGAACGUGGUACAGGCGUCGUACGUUUGCAAUGAUUGUUCCUUUGCCGUGCACCAUAAAUGCUUGCGCAGUGUAAUCCGUAUCUGUGCGCACGUGGUCACGACCGAGCACAAGCAACCGAUCGAAUGUAUCUGUCCGGAGAUUGGAUUGGCGUUCCAGAAGUACACGUGCGCCGAAUGUGGAACGCAGCUGAGCUACGAUACAUCCACCGCCAUAAACUGUUUCGGACUUGAGUUUAAAGCAGAAAAACUGAACUCCAUUCAACCACGGUUGUGCGAUUACACUGGGCUCUACUACUGUCCGGCCUGUCACUGGAACGAUACCAGCCUGAUUCCGGCCAGGAUCACCAACAACUGGGACUUCGUGCCGCGCAAAGUGUGCCGCGCGUCACGGCAACAGAUAAACCUUCUCCUGCACAAACCCGUCAUCCGGCUGGAGGAACGAAAUCCGCGCCUGUUCACGUUCAUACCACGGCUGGCGGAAGUGAAACGUGCCCGGGUGCAGCUCGGUGCCAUGAAAAGGUACCUGAUUGGCUGCCGGUUGGCCGAUGAGCGGAAGCUUGUGGCGAAGCAAAUCGGCGACCGGCGCCAUCUGAUGGAAUCGGUCGAGCUGUACAGUGUGGCGGAUCUAGUAGGCGUGGAGGAUGGCACGUUGCUAGGCUAUCUGCGUACGCUGCGGGCCACGUUCGAGCAUCACAUCAGGAGUUGUUUGAUUUGCUCCGGCAAAGCGUACAUCUGCGAGUUCUGCAACAACGAUCAGAUUUUGUUCCCGUUCGACGAUAACGCGGUCAGCUGUACGCGCUGCAAUACCGUCAGCCAUCGGGAGUGCUACCAGCGCAAGGGCAUGAAAUGCGCCAAGUGUACACGGUUGCGGCGACGCGCGUUGCAAACUUUGCGCGAACAGCUCGAUCUAGAAAAUGGCAACUAGAUUGAUGGUGGGGAAAGAGAAAUCAUAUCAUUCCUACUUUACUUCGAACGCUACUGUGCUUUGGGUGUGCAUUUCCAAUUACCUCGUUUUUUGCACUGCUUCCCGUUUUGCUACAGCCAAUAAAAUCACAUGCCUUCGAA